AUGGAAUUAUGGUACAUUCAUGCGGCAAGGGCUGACCCAGACAAUGUGUUUGCAAUUGCUUUCAAGACCCCGCCCGUGGACUCCAAGGGUAGUGCGCAUGUGCUGGAGCACUAUGUGUUGGCCGGAAGUGAGCAAUUUCCGGUGUCGAAUCCGUUUCUCAAGAUGAUGACCAGGGUGGACUACCAGAACCUGCGGAACGUGUACGUGGACCUAGUGAUGCAUCCGCUGCUCAAGGAGGCGGACUUUUUGCAAGAAGCCUGGCGAAUCGAGCCCCAGGACAUGAAUUACCCCGACUCUCCAUUGGAGCUUCGCGGUGUCGUCUACACAGAGAUGAAGAGCAUCCGCGAGAAUGCUCAAUCCUGGUUCGCCCGCGACAUCCGUGCCGCCCUCCUCCCGGACACCGUGUACGCCCACAAUUCCGGUGGAAAUCCGGACGACAUCCCCCAACUAACGUGGGACGGCGUGAGGCGGUUCCACAAUCAGCACUAUGGCACAGCCAAUGCCAAAGUGUUCAGCUAUGGUGACCUGGCACUGGAGGACCACCUCAACGCCAUGAAUCAACUUGUUCAG